GAACGCUGACGCUUACUGUAAUUAAAAAUCUGACGUACAAACAAAAACACGGAAAUCGCAGUGAAAGGGCGGUGCACAAGUGACAGUGUUUUGGCAAAAUGCCCGGGCAAGUUUUGAUUAUGUUUAGCAGUGCCUAGAAGGCAAAGUGCGCGACGCUGAAACGCAAGAAUCGCGAUCAACCGAAACGCGGAAAUCGAAAAGUGAAAAAAACCAAGUCGCAGACAGCGAACUUUGGACACAGACAAUCGCAACAAACACAGACGGAAAAACAAAGAAAAAGCGAAGAAAUGUCGGCGCAACGACUGAAUGCAGCGGAGCGGGAUCUGGAGAAGUUCAUCAAGUUCCUGGUCUUGAAGUCCACCCAGGUGGUGGUCCAAUCCCGGCUGGGCGAGAAGAUGCAGACGCAGUGCAAUCCACUGGCGGGCAGCGAUUGGUUCAACAUUGCCGUCCAGGAUCAUCCGGAGGUCCUGGACGAGACCAAGCGGGCCCUCAAUCUGAAGACCGGGGAGAGCAUCCUGCAGCGCCUGCCGCUGUGCGUGGAAAUCUCCCUGAAGACCGCCGAGGGCGACCAGAUGGUCCUUGAGGUGUGGUCGCUGGACCUAAUCCCACCCCAGAACGGCUCCUCCCCGGCCACAAACGACCUGAACCCCGAGGGUCAGACGCUGAAGGCAGCCCACGCCAUCUACAACCGCAUGGGCAUCAUGCUGAAGUCCCUCAUCUCGCUGACCCGCACCACGCCCGCCUACAAGUUGUCCCGUCGCCAGUGUCCCGACUCGUACGGCAUCUUCUACAGGAUCUACGUGGACAGGCCUCAGGUCCACACCCUGGGCGAGGGCCACAAGCACGUGAAGAUCGGCCAGCUCAGCACCAUUGUGGGCUCGUUGGUCAUGUCGGUGGCCUACCGCACCAAGUUGACUAUCUCGCCCACGGCAGCGCAGGCGGAGAGCAACACCAUCAUGCUGAAAUCGGACCACUUUAGGCCCGCCACAGAUGCCAGUUCACCGGUCAACCAGCAGCAGCUCCACAAUGGCAUUGCGUUGGUCAAGAAGCUGGGCUUAGGUGGUCUUAAUUCCGCCCAGAACCCAGCAGAUCGACGCUUCAUCGACAUCGAGAAGCCGCUGCGUCCGGGGGCCUUCACCGAUAUGGGCAAACUAAAGCAGUACACGGAGGAUGACUUUGUGCUGCCCGAAACACCGCCCUUCGAGUGGCUUCUACGUGGGCGCGGCUCUGUGGAGUCCCUCAACCGCCUGGAUAACAAUACAACCGCGAGUGUGCUCAGUAGCAAUAACAACAACAAUCCACAGGACAGUAAAUUCAACCAGAGCAGCAAUCUCAACAAUAACUCCACGGGCUUCAAGAGUUUUGAAAAGAACUCGGGCAACUCGGUGUCGCCCAUCAAGAGCCUGCUGAUCCCCGCCAGUGCCACAACCACGUAUCGUCACCAUUCGGAACCGGCGCUACAACCGCCGCCCGAUGAUGAUAAUCUGCUCAAGGAGCUGCACUUUCCCUUCGCCUCGCCCACGUCGCAUGUCAACGAUCUGGCCAAGUUCUACAGGGAAUGCUAUCAUGCGCCGCCGCUCAAGGGUCUCAAUGAGCUGCAGGCAGAGAUUUCCUCGGUUUGCUCGACCUCACCGGUAACCAAUGGCUCUGGCGGCGGAGCAGCAUGUGGUCCCACGGCAGCGGCAACGGCGAUUGCCACCAGUUCCGCCGAUGCCAGCGCCAUGGAUGACCUGUCCCGGCAGUUGGAGCAGUUCGAGACCUCGCUGGAGGACUACGACAAGCUGGUCUCGCAGUUCGGACUCACGGGCUCCUCGUCGACGGGCAGCCGCAGCAGCGGUGGCCUCCAAAUGAGCAACUGAGUUGGAUUAUACCCCCAGACGUGUCAUUAGUUAGACCUUAUUUAUAGAGGGGCGGUCAAGGAUAAACUGAAAGUGAAGAAAACUAUUUUAAGAGAACUGCAUGGAAAAGUAUAGGUCUGGUAGUUUAAUUGGUUACUGAAGAGUUAACAAUUAUUCUUUAAAAGAUAAGCAUUCAAAAUUUGUACAAAUAACAAAGUGGAAUAUUUAUCAUUUUCUACCUUAUCAUUAUAAUCAGUUAUUUUCCAUGAAAGUUUGUAAGAGAAAAACGAAUUUUAGACCUAAUAAUUCCCCUAAAGCCUUUCUUAAAAUUGUCCAAAGAUUGUCAACUAAAAAUUUGACCCGCCCCACUUUUUAUGUAUGCCAUUGUGUUAAGUUGAGUUGAUAGGCUGCUUUUUGAUAUUACCCGCUAUGUAAAUACUAUAUGUAAGGCUUUUGUAGGCUCUAGGUCCGUCUAGGUUGUACAUAGGAAUAGAGAGCUCAUGUCACGUUUUAAAGUUUCCGAUGCAGCAGUUUAGACCUUACAUUAGUAAGUGCCACAUGCAUAUACAUAUAGACGGCUAUAGCUUGUGCAUAUGGUAGUAAGUUGGGCGUACUCGUCGCUUGUUUGUUUGUUUGUUUCUUUGUUCAAGUGCCUUUCGCCUGCUUGUAAGUGAAAAAAAUCGUGUAUGUACAUAAAUAACUAUAGAUAACAGCAAUUAAUCAGAAAGCUAAAAGGUUUAUUUGUGUUGUAAGUGAGCAAAAAAAAAGCCAGAUGGCCGAUUUAAAAACGAACUGUUCGAUGGUAUAUGCAAUGCAUAACCACUAAUCGAAAAAGCGAAACUAUUCGAAAGACUUGAAGCAUAACGAAAUAUAUCUAUCCUAACUUAGUUGGUACUGUCAGGAAGUUGAAAAGAACAGCUAGUGUUUUCUUUUAACUUUAAUCUUGGUCGCCGUUGCUAUUUAUUGGUUUUGAAAUUACAAAAUUAUGCCUACAUAUAUGAGAAUUGAAAUUCGAGUAUACAUCAAAAAUACACUUAACAAUAAGAGAAUAAUAAAAUUUAUACAUACAUAUAAACAAUGAAUAAAAGCAAUUGUUAAUCAAGACACUAA